AUGAUGGACAUGGAGAUGACAAGUAGCUCUGUACCUGUCUGCAGACAAGGUUUAUUCAUCCACGCAGGAAACCCACUUAUGCGCGACCACCCACUGUCCUGUGAGAGACUCCUUCAUGUUGGUCAGCUGAACUUGACACACUCGGAUAUAAGGUCACCCAGGUUUCAAGACUCGGUAGAUUCUGCUGCUCCAUGCCUGAAUGGAAGUCACCCAGCUCAGCACAUCAAACAAGAAUGCCCAAGUGAUUAUAAGGUUCCGUCUGAGACUUCCACACAUAGGAGGAUUACGGAGGGGAUGGAGCUGAGAGCCUCUGGUAGUCUGCAUCCUGAAAUAGACCUAAUGAAUAAUAGCUUUACAAAUUCACUUUCAUCCUACUUGUUUAAUAAUGAACAUAGCUCCUCCCUGGGUCCUUUGUCACUUGGCACCCCUCAGCACUCAGCCAGGCUACAAACAAGCAACCUGAAGAAGAGAUGCAUCUCUGUUGUGCCGUCUUCAGCUGAAGGAAUCGAUAUUACAGCUAUCAUCCGCACAUCCCAGACGUCACUGGUCACCUGUGUGAAUGGACUGCGAACUAAUUCAGCUGGCAUUUCCUCUCAUCCUGUGGAGAUCAGUCAUCACAGUGCUCAAAAAUCCUCUCGGCCACAGGCUUGCUCUCAGCCUGGAAACCCUUGCAGUAUUCCCUCCCCUCCAGCAUGUCUUGUACCUAUUUCUGCUGAAUGUGACAGAGUUGACUGUGAGCAGAUACAAAUGCAGCAAGUGGAGGAGAAUGGAAGCCUCAGCCUUAUGAUGAAUGGUAGUAGCAUUCCUCAUCAGAACACCUCCCACAGCUCCCAGAAGGUGAGUUUCUUAAAACAAGAGCCAGCUGACGAUUAUUCCUCCGCUGCUGACCUUUUCCGACAUCAUCAGGGGCUGCCUCCCCCUUACCAUCUACACCAGCAACUAAGCCAGACUCCAGGGACAUUGCCUCACUUACACGCCUCUAUGUCUCCGAAGUCCCUUCAGCCCAGUGACGGGGACGAACAGGACCUCAGCAAUGGCAAACAGGUCUGUCGGUGGAUUGACUGCAGUGCCACUUACGACCAACAAGACGAACUGGUCAGACACAUAGAAAAGACUCACAUUGACCAGCGGAAAGGAGAGGACUUCACUUGCUUUUGGGCAGGCUGUGUCCGCCGAUAUAAACCCUUCAAUGCUCGUUACAAACUGCUGAUUCAUAUGAGGGUUCAUUCUGGAGAAAAACCAAACAAGUGCAUGUUUGAAGGGUGCAACAAGGCAUUUUCUAGGCUUGAGAACCUCAAGAUUCACCUCCGGAGUCACACUGGGGAGAAGCCAUACCUGUGCCAGCAUCCUGGCUGCCAGAAGGCUUUCAGCAACUCCAGCGACCGGGCCAAGCACCAGCGAACACACCUGGAUACCAAGCCCUAUGCCUGUCAGAUUCCUGGCUGCUCCAAACGCUACACUGACCCCAGCUCCCUGCGCAAACACGUGAAAGCUCAUUCAGCCAAAGAACAACAGGUGCGUAAGAAGCUAAAUUCAUGUACUGAUAUCGAACAGGAUGUACUAAGUGAAUGCUUAGCUAUACAACAGCUCCACACAUCUUCACAACACAUUUUGGAUGGGAAAUGUGGUAGAUCUGUAGGUCAUCAUGAUUUAAUUACAGGCAUGUACAGUGGCUCCAGCUCUAACCACAACGGUCCCUCACCAGGUAUGUUGCCGCCUCCUCACGACAUCCCUUCAAGACACCAUCCACUUGACUCCACCCUCUCCAGUCCACAUCACCACCAGUCGCCGUUGGAGAGUGCCAGGGAAGGGCUUGCUCCCAACAUCAUCUCUCCACUUGUCAGCCCCCUGAAAGCAUUAGUUCCACCUUCCCUACUGCAGAAACACAGCUCUCCAUCCUCACACAGCCAGUCACCAACGGGGCAGCAAUUUUCUGGAAUAUCAAAUAAACCAUACGCUCAAUUUCAAAACCAGUCUGUACAGCAGGGAUCUCAAGGUUACCAAGGCAGCUUCCACUCUAUACAAAACUGUUUCCACUAUGGAGACUGCUACAGAACAAUGGACCAGUCUGUCACCAGUGAUGUGCUUGCAGGGGAAUCCCAUUGCUUCAACCCUCUGAGACAGAAUGGCUAUCACAUACUCAAUGCACCUUUAGCAUCAACAGGCUACGAUGCAGGCUCUGAAGCGCAGUGUGUUUCUGAAGACAUGGUCUCCAGUGGAACUGAUGAGAACGGAUUCUUCCAAAAUGGCGCCUUUGAUCACUGCUUGAAUCACAUUCCUUCCAUCUAUACAGAUACCUAAGAGCAGUGCUAAUGCUGUUUCCUUUAUUAUACCUAUAACUAUGUAUGUAAUAACAAAGGUGUUCUUCAAGUACUUUUAUUUAGUCUGUAUCCCUAUAUGUGCUCAUUUAAAUAAACACCUCACAUUUACCAAACCAUUUUAUACAUGAAUAGUCUGUAUAAGAUAAUAUUGGAACCUGUUCCUUUGCUGUGGCACUUUGAAAUUCAUGCU